AUGGCUCCCCCGCCGGCUUAUCGUACCAUCCAACCGGCCCCCGUCAAGGGACCGAGAACCGGCGCCUUGUCUUCCGGGCCCACGGGCCCGCAGUGGUUGGGUUCGAAGGGCCUGACGAAGAGGCUCAAAGCAGUGACCCAGGCAUGUCAUACAUGCCGCCGCAACAAGGCCAAGGUAUGUAGAGAGUCACAUUGCGACGGCGUCCGGCCCAAGUGCGGGAGCUGCUCUGCUCGGAACUCCCCUUGUGGGUACGACGGCGAGGCCGGGCAGUCCCGCCGGGCUGCCCUACGAGCUCGGCUCGAGGAACUCGAGAAGCUGUUUGGCGACCUGGUCACGCCCGACUACACCGAGGCCAAGCGGCUGCUGGACCGCAUCCGCGCGUCGGCCCACGACCUGACCCCUCUGCUGACCACUUGGCGGGAGAGCGAGGACCGCUCCGCGCGGCAGGCGGCGGCGACGACGACGAUGACGAGUGCGCCCCCAUCCGACGCCUCCGAAUCCUCGUUUCCGGGUCGGUCGCCCAACUCGUCGUCUGACGGCAGCACCUCCCCCGCCGCCUCCGGAUCCUCCUCCUCCUCCACUAAUAGCGGCAACAGCAGCGGGACACAGGGGACGGACGACGACUCGGCCUCGCUGCUGCUGCACCUCGACGUCCCGCUCCCGGGGGCCAAGACGACCCGGGCCGGGGUCCAGACCUUCUUCGGGUCCACGGGCAAGCUGUUCCACGUCUACACGCAGAGGCAGAUGGAGGCCUACCACACGGCCGUCUUCGGCGCCGACGACGGCAAGCCUCCCGACACCUCGCGCGGGCUCGAGCUCUGCUGCCUCUACGCCGUCGCCGCCGUCGGCGUCCUCUACAACGCCGGCACCUUCCAGCCCGGGCUCGAGAACGUCUUCCACGACGUCAGCCGCCGCUUCUUCUCCGACCUCAUGGAGCAGCGGCCCCUCGACACCAUCAAGGUCUGCACCCUUUACGCAAUGUACAACGUCCUCGACAAGGCCACCGUCGCCCUGGCCUAUGUUGAGGUCGGUCUCGGAAUGUCCAAGAGACAAAGCCAGAACACCGGAGUUUGUCACCCUUCCAAGGUCUCAUCGGAGGAGUGGAUCGACUUUCGGAGAACCUGGAGGGCCCUCGUCUUUCUCUCCAAGCAAGUCCCUCCCCCCCCUUCUCUCUUCCUCUUUUCACUUCGCAGAAACCUCCUCCUCCCUGUGCUAACGAUCUGUGCCCCUAGUUGGCUCUCUUCGACGCUCGGAUACAUCUCGGGAGCCGAUGACGGCGAGUUUACGAGACUGCUUCCGGUCGCCGGGGAGGAUGAAGACAGUUAUAGCGCCGAGCUGGGCGAGCUCGUCCAGGCCGAGAUGACCAAGAUCGUGCUGCUCAAGGCCGGCAUCCUGCGCAACCACCUGGCGGUCCCGGAGCUGACGGCGCUCGGCAUGGACGGCAUCAUCCGGGAGCUGCAGGAGUGGCACGAGCAGCUGCCCGAGCCGAUGAAGCUGCGCAGCCUGUAUUAUUACCGCGCCGACUGGCCCCCGCCGGUCCGCUGGUCCAUCUACCACCUGCACCUGCUCUACCACGGCGCCUUCAUGCUCGUCUACCGCCGCAUCGCCGCCCACUGCGUCCGCCUGCGCCGCACCGGCCGCGACCUCGCCUCCUCGGCCGCCCGGGAGCCCAACCUGGUCAGCCUGGUCGAGCAGGGCGUCACCUCGGCCCGCGACACCGCCCGCAUUGUCAGCCUGCUUCUCGGAGAGCAGGGCGUCUUUCGCCGCUGCUGGAUCGUCAUCUUCCAAGCCCACACGGCCUGCGUCGUCAUCCUGUACUCGGUCGCCCAGAGAAAGCUGCACGGUUUCCCCUUCCCCCCGUCCCCGUGGGCCGAGGACAUGGAGCGCGCCCGCCAGUGCAUCGACGUGCUCGGCUACUGCGGCGACAUCGACCCCGUCGCCCUGCGCUUCCGCGUCCGCCUCUCGGGCAUCUACGACAGCCUGCUGUCCGCCGCCAACGCCGCCAACGCCGCCGGUGCUCCCCAGCCAACAGAUGUCGACGACGGCCAACAACAACAAAAACAGCAGCAGCGGCCGGAGCCGCACCCGAUCGGGUACCUCUUCACCGCGCCGCCGACCACCCCGCCGUCGGACCUGUCCGACCUCUCCCUGACCCUGCUCUUCGCCCUCUGCCGGCCGUGGAGCGAUCCGGGCGGGCUGAACACGGUGGGGCCCAACGGGCCGAUGGACGUGGUGGCGGCGGCGGCGGGAGGAGGUGGCGACCAGCGGACGAAGCAGCAGAUGACGCUGGACAAGCUCGAGUGGGACUUUGAAAAGAUCACGCCCUUCCGCUGGGACACGGGCAGCAUGGGCCCCAUGCUCUGCGGCGCCGACGAGGUCGUCGGGACCAGUUGCUUCCUCGACAGCGAGGCGCCCAGCGGGUGGAAGAGGGCCGAGGAUAUUGAGGCGGAUGGUUGA